AUGGGCAGCGCUCAAACCGACGUCGAGCUCCAAGACUUUGGCAGCAUCUUCAGCCUCGAGGGCAAAGUGGCCGUCGUCACUGGCGGCUCAAGAGGUCUAGGCCUGCACGUUGCAUCUGGAUUCAUGCAGGCAGGCUGCUCCAAAGUCUAUAUCACGUCCCGAAAGGCCAAAGCAUGCGAAGAAGCCGUGGCGGCUCUGAACGCGCUCCCCAACAAACGUCCCGGCGCCGUCGCCAUCUCGAUCCCCGCCGACUCGGCCAAGAUCUCCGAGAUCGAAAGACUGGCUGCUGAAGUGGCCAAGACGACCGACCACGUCGACAUCCUCUUCGCCAACGCCGGAGCCACAUGGGGCGCGCCCUUCGAAACGCACCCGGAGAGUGCCUUCAGCAAGGUCAUGGACCUCAACGUCAAGAGCGUCUUCUACACGGCGCAAAAGUUCGAGCCACUGCUCAAGAAGCAGGCGAACACGGAGAACCCGAGCAGGAUCAUCAUUACCGCCAGCGUCGCGGGUUUGGGCGUGGGCACGCUAGGCGAGAACGCCACGUACGCCUACAGUGCCAGCAAAGCGGCGGCGAUCCAUCUUGCAAAGAACCUCGCGGUCGAGCUGGGCCCGAGAGGAAUCAUCACCAACGCCGUCUGUCCGGGUUUCUACCCGACGAAGAUGGCGUCGGGUCUGAUGGAACUGCAGGGUGGCCAGGCUGCUCUUGCGGCCGAGGUGCCCAACAAGAGACUGGGACACCCAGAAGACAUCGCGGGGCUGGUGGUCUUCCUGUCCAGCAGAGCGUCAAAGCAUAUCAACGGCGCCGUCAUCACGACUGAUGGUGGAUCUUUAUUAUCUCGAGGAAAGCUGUAA